CUGGCUGUCUGCUAGCCAGUGGUUUCAUUUCAAAACGUGAAAAGCAAAGCUUAAACAGAAGAUCACAGCAGUUCUGAACCCCAGAAUAAAAGAGAAAUGACGUCUAUCGUACGAAUUAAACGCCGAUUAAGUCAAGAACCAAUCGAAGCUCUUCUGCUCGCGUCGAAACGUAUGAGAGUGGAAGAUGCGUUGUCAGUUGAAGCACAUGGAAUUGACGAGAACAUUUUCAGGUUUUGUGGAACCACGGAAAAUGAGGAAGAAAAUGUGGAAAACCUUGCAAAAUUGGUUCAAAAAGGAAAAUUGAAAUCCCAUCGUCAACCUGCAAAGGCUUACAGGAGCUAUCAGCCCAAAAAACAGGUGGACACAGCUAUGCCCAGCAGUGAAAAAAAGUACAAGGUUUUAAACAAAAUACGGAAUUUGGACACAACAGAUAGUUGGAAAAUUUAUGACUUGGUACUUGAAGAACAGCAGCAAUGUGAAGUUGCAACUUGCAAUGGUGUUCCUCUUCUUGUCGAAAAAUGUGAAGUGCCGAAAGAUGAGAGUAAAUGUGUCUUUGACGUUUAUUACUGUGAGGAAGGAGCAUUUGAUGAUGGAUAUAUUGACCGCCUUAUGAGCGUUCAACCGUAUUAUUACCAUCCUGGUGAGCAGGAAGAAGAAAGUGAAAAUAACGACACCGAUGAUUCUAACGACGAAAGCAAUUGGCGCAAUGAUUAUCCCGACACGGAUGAAGAAGACGAAGGUGACGAAGACAUAGUGGGUAAAAUGUGUGGAAUGUAUUUGGAGCGGGACGAUGAGUUGUCAUCCGAUGACGAAGAUUUUGUAUAUUCAAAAGACGACUGUUCCGUCGAAGAUCUCUACUUGAAAUUUAAGGAACGUGCGAUAAGAGAUCUUCUAGAUAACGUCGAAAGCGACAGUUGCAGUGCGGACGAUUGCGGCGAAUAUUACUAGUAGGAGGCACGGACCUAAUGCUGUUUAAUCUCACAAGUCACUAGACGCAUUGCUAUUGGAAAUUAUGGUUUUCGAGCCGUUUAAAGCUGAUUGAUUUUUCCAGCAACCCAGCACGGACUAAGUCUGUCGAUUUUUAUCUUUCAGCUAUUACACUUCGUUUCCUUCUUUUAAUUCUUUAUUUUCAUUCAAGAAAUCGUUACGUCAAUUUCCAAAUAUCUGCACAGCAAGAACUAAUACAACAGAAAGAAUGUAGUUUAA